CCCUUUCAGUCUGUUCCAAAUACUGGGACGAAGCACCACGAGUUCAAGGCUCGCAAAGACCUGUUUUUAUCUAUAUCCUCACCAUGUCCGACAUGCCAUCGACCUCUGGCCAGGAGGUCGGCCAACAAUCAGAUCAGGACAAAAAGAAAUUGCCUCUCCACCGGAGUACCAUUUCUUCAGAUGGCGACAGCCUAUCGUUUGAUUCGGAGGAUGACUCAUCGCUAUCAGAAUCGGAGUUAUCCGAGGAUGCAAAUAGCGAUGAGGAAGAAGAGGAAAAUCUGACAUUGCUGCUGUUGAAGAACCCGGACAACUAUCCAGACGACGGCGACUCAGACGACGACUCGUACGAAUUCUCAGAUCGGGACACUGUUCCCUCUUCCAGCUCCGACGAGAGUUCCUAUUCGUCCUUGUCCGACUCGGAUAGCGAAGGAAGCAGUGACGAGUUUGGACGAGUUUGAUGAUGAUUCCGACCACCACAAAGAAGUCCCCAGCUCAACGGAGUUGAUGGUUAGAGCCCAGAGGGUAUUGUCUCUCAACCGUAGCUGAGAGACUGUUUACGAAGUAUCUUAUACAUCAGACUUCCAUAUAAUACAGGAAAACAGCACAAAGUAGAUGCCAACAAAAAAGGUAUAACCUGUAGACACGUUAGCCAUCAAGCGAAUAAAAAAUAAAUGGUGUACA